CAGAGGGCGGGCGACUCCGGCGACUGCGGCGACUCUGAGUCCGUUCGCCCAAACUGAGGCUCACACCCCAGCCCGCGACCGCCGACGGGGAGAGCGGGAAGGGACACCGCGAUUGCUGUUGUGUCCCUAUGAAGACUGGCACAGUUGAUUGCUGCCUGUGACCAUUUCACCUUUAUGGCUGAUUUGACACAGAAGUCUUCUUUGAAGGAAAGUUCAUGGUUGAAGGAUGGCAGAAGCCGUUGUGAUUGAUCUCUUCGGUUUAAAAUUGAACUCACAAAAAAUCUGCCAUCAGACAUUACUGAAGACAUUGAAUGGUAUCCACCACCACCAUGCCCCCAAGGCCAAGUUCCUUUGCAUAAUAUGUGGCAGUAACGUCACCAAAGAAAGGGACGGUGAAAACAUUCUUCCUGACAUGGAAACAGGAAAUGGAUUUCCACUUCUCACGAGAGAUUUUGAGACUGUUAGCAAUUCCAGUAUGGCGGCCUCUCUGUAUACAAUUAAACAAAAAAUUGAUGAAAAAAAUCUGAGCCACAUUAAGGUGAUUGUACCCGAGCACAGGAAAACGUUUGUGAAGGCUUUUCUCGAUCAGCUCUUCACUGAAGUCUAUGAUUUUGAGUUUGAAGAUUUACAGGGAGCUUGGGGAGAGAGCCUGUUGAAACCAUCCACCGAAAUAAACGUACCCACAGCUCAUCAACUAGAGGAAAUCCAAAGUGAAAUAGAAACGUACUUGAGAAGCCUGCCGACCCUGAAAGGGGACUUAACUAUUAUCACAUCUCCUUUGAUCCCAGCAGAUACCUUCCUCCAUGGAUUUACUACAAGGACAGGUGGCAUAUCCUACAUCCCAACCCUUAGCUCUCUCAACCUUUUCAGCAGCUGCAAACGGAGAGAUCCCAAAGCAGUCGUUCAAGAAAAUCUUCGUAGGCUGGCGGAUGCUGCAGGAUUUAAUGCAGAGAAAUUUUAUCGAAUAAAGACCGAUCACGCCAAUGAAGUGUGGGUCAUGGGGAAGAAGGAACCUGAGUCCUAUGACGGGAUAGUCACAAACCAGCGAGGAGUGACAAUCACAGCUCUUGGUGCCGACUGCAUUACUAUAGUCUUUGCAGACCCUGUGAAAAAGGCAUGUGGGGUUGCUCACUCUGGCUGGAAAGGUACUUUGCUGGGCGUAGCUAUGGCUACCGUGAACGCUAUGAGCGCAGAGUAUGGCUGUAACCCGGAAGACAUUGUUGUUGUUCUGGGGCCUUCAGUAGGCCCCUGCUGCUUCACCCUUCCCAGAGAACAGGCAAUCUCAUUUCACGAUCUUCAUCCCUCGUGUGUGCGACAGUUCGACUCACUGAAUCCCUAUGUUGACAUCCGAAAAGCCACCAGGAUUCUUCUAGAACGGGGAGGAAUUCUUCCACAGCAUAUUCAUGACCAGAAGGGAGAUCUUGACCUCUGCACAUCCUGCCAUCCUGAUAAGUUUUUCUCCCAUGUUCGAGAUGGGCUUAACUUCGGUACACAGAUUGGCUUCAUAUCCAUUAGAGAAUGAGAUAAUCAAGUUUUGAUUUUUAAGUGGCAAAAUGGUAUAGAAAAGUUUUGGGAACACAUUCUAUGACGAAGACUGUUCGUUUCUGGAUGGAGCCGAAAAAAAAAACAAUCCUGAGUGAGGUAUCCCAGACUCAGAAAGACAAAUAUGGUAUGAAUUCGCUUAUGUGUGUGUAUUUGCUAUGAAGGCAAUGAUAAACAACCAAGUUACCAUCCAGAGUACUACAGAGAGUAGGUCUAGAGUAAGGGACUAGAGAGCACAGAUAGAUCGUGUUAGGGAAAUGGAAGCAGAGUAUUUAACUAUGGAUAGUAUUUAACUAUCCAGUGGCAAAGGAGAGGAGAGGGAUUGGGAAGGAUACAGGAAGAAACAGCUAAAAUUAGGGGGCAUUUAGGAGUAGUAUGGAAACCUAAUACAGUAGAAACUUAAUAAAAUAUGUGCAUAGAUGAAGGCAAUCUAAUAGUGGAGUAGUCCCGGCUGGCUGUCUUUCGUCACCAAAUGAAGCUUCCAGUACUGGGAUUUUGUUACAUCUAACUUGCUGGCCUAAGGGGCCCUACAGGAAUCUCCAAACGACACAGACUCUUGACUAAUAAGUUGCUCUCUCCACACUGACAGCCAGGCCCCAUUUUUGAAGACAACAUAGACACAACUCAUUAAAAAUGGAGAUGUCGAGUCAAUGCCUAUAUAGAGCCUUCACCCCUCUAUUCCAGCAUCUUUGGUACAGGAACAUACUCUCCAUGUUCUAAAAGAGAAACAGAAACACCAAGACAGCCUUAAACCCUUUAUUUGCAACAGGAUACUGCCUACAAGCUAUGCUAGUGCAGUCAAUGGCGGCACCAAGCUUGUGGGAGUAAUCAAUCUGUGACUGAUUUGACCUAAGGCACACUCCGUGAGAUGGCACUGGGUGACCAAGAACCUGAUACGAUAUAGCCAAAGGACCUGUAGUAAAACCAAAAAAUACUGGUCUAUAAAAGAAAGAAAAUGUAGUGAUAAAAUGAUGGAUCCUAAUGACAUCCGACUCUACUCACACAUUAGUGCCUUGUUCAACUAUUAUCAGAGACACUCCCUUCUGUAGCAGAUGGGAACGAAUAUAAAGACACACAGCCAGGUAUUCCACAGAGAAUGAGAGACCUCGGAAUAGUCAGCUCUAAAUUGGAUGCCUCUAUCAAAACCCUCCCUAACCUCAGGGAACCCCCGAGAAAAAGAGCAUAAGAACCAGAGGGGAUGGAGGACACUAAGAAAACAAGACCCUCUAAAUCAUAAAGCUUGUAUGAACCUAAGAGACUGAAGCGGCGUGCACAGCCUGCGUGGGUCUGUACGGGUAUUACGGCUUCUAGCUUAGUGUUUUGUAUGGGAUUCCUCGGCAUAUAAACAAGUGAGUCUGUUCCUCUCGUGCCUUACCUUGAGCUCAUUUCCUUCUGUUGGUCUGUUCUUGUCUGACUUUGAUGUGAUUGUUUUUGUUUCAUCUUAUUAUAUUUUAUUUUGUUAUAUUAAAAAUGAAUGAAUGAAUAAGUGAAUGAAUGAAUGAAAGCCUAGCCCCUGGGGUAAAGGUUAACAACUGAACUGUCACUCAUACCUGUUAGAAUUGGGAGAAUCAGUUGUCUCCAACGGAGUGACACUGGGUAUAUCAACCAUUCACUCCAGGACAGGCCUCGUGUUCAGGAGUAGUUAACCAACAUAUAAUUGGAAUCCAGUUUUUGGUGUGUGUGAUUUUAUUCGGUUACAAUUGGUUAGGGUUUUAUGUUUGUUUGUUUGUUUUUCUGGCUGUAGUCUUACUUUGUUUUCUUGGUUUUUUUUG